AUGCAGUGCAUCCGAAGGCAGCCCAAGCGCAGCGUGUCCCAGGAAAACAUCCUACGGGAGCAGAGCCGUAGAGUGGCCGCGUUGAAUGGCAAGAGGCUGGGCCUGAAAGAUGACAAGGAUCUGAAGUUCCUCCUGAAAGGCAGCCAGCUGCUAAAAGUGAAGUCGGGCUCUUGGAGAAAGGAGCGGUUUUAUAAGCUCCAGGAGGACUGCAAAACCAUAUGGCAGGAAUCGAAGAAGAUGCUGAGGUCUCCAGAGUCACAGAUCUUCUCCAUUGAAGAUAUUCGGGAUGUGAGGUCAGGCCAUAAAACAGAAGGUAUGGAAAAAUACGCCAAGGAUGUCCCAGAGUAUCGCUGCUUUUCCAUCAUUUUCAAAGACCAGCGGAAAACCCUGGACCUCAUUGCGAGUUCAGAGGAUGAUGCCAACCACUGGAUCUCCGGCCUUGGGAAAAUCAUAGCCCACAGCAACUCCAUGAACCAGAAACAGAAACUCCAACACUGGAUUCAUACCUGCCUGCGGAAAGCUGAUAAAAACAAAGACAACAAGAUGAGCUUGAAAGAGCUCAAGAACUUCCUGAAAGAAGUGAAUAUUGAAGUCAAUGACUAUCAUGCCAAGGAGAUUUUCCAGCACUGUGACAAGUCCAAAACAGAGGCUCUGGAGGAUGAUGAGAUAGAGGAAUUUUACAAGAUACUGACAGAGAGGAAGGAAAUAGACAACAUCUUCCAAACGUACUCAGAUGAAGAAGGGUUCAUGUCCUGCCAGAACCUGGUGAGGUUCCUCUAUGAGACGCAGCAAGAAGAAGAUGCUGUUGUUGCUGCCCCUGCCUUAAUUCAGAGAUAUGAGCCCAAUGAAAGAGCCAAGAGGGGUAAUGCCAUGACCAAAGAUGGUUUCCUGAUGUACCUGCUGUCUGAUGAUGGGAAUAUAUUCAACUCCUCUCACCGUAAAGUUUACCAGGACAUGACUCAACCUCUCAGUCACUACUUGGUGUCAUCCUCACACAAUACCUAUCUUAUGGAAGACCAGCUCACAGGUCCAAGCAGCACAGAAGCCUAUAUCAGAGCCCUCACCAAAGGCUGCCGCUGUGUGGAAUUGGAUUGCUGGGAUGGCCCUAACUCGGAGCCCGUCAUUUAUCAUGGCUACACUCUCACCUCCAAGAUCCUCUUCAGUGAUGUCAUUAAGGCCAUCAAGAACUAUGCUUUCAAAACCUCACCAUACCCUGUCAUCAUCUCCCUGGAGAACCACUGCAGCGUUGAGCAGCAGAAGGUCAUGGCUCAGCACAUGACGACGAUCCUGCAGGACAUGCUCUUGGUUGCCCCAGUCGAUGGAAACAAAUCCCAGUUCCCCUCCCCAGAGCAAUUGAAAGGGAAGAUCCUUGUGAAAGGCAAGAAGCUGAGCAGGCAGGAGGACCCCACUGGAACAAAUGGGAACAACAACCUGGAGGCUGAGGAUGUCUCUGAUGAAGAUGAAGCAGCUGAAAUCGAAGAUGAAUCUGUAAAGACUGAGAUACAACAGAAGGGCAAGAGUGACACCUUGAAGCUGGCCAAGGAGCUGUCAGACACAGUUGUCUACUGCAAGAGUGUCCAUUUCAAUGGCUUUGAAGACCCCAGCCACCCUCGGGCUUUCUACGAGAUGUCGUCAUUCACAGAGAGCAAAGCUCUGAAACUAGCCCAGGAGUCUGGAACCAGUUUUAUUCAUCACAACAUCAGGCACCUCAGCCGGAUCUACCCUGCAGGCUGGAGGACAGAUUCUUCCAACUACAACCCCAUUGACUUGUGGAACGUCGGCUGCCAGAUCGUUGCCCUAAAUUUCCAGACAGCAGGCACAGAAAUGGAUGUCUACCAGGGUCGGUUCCAGGACAAUGGGUUUUCUGGGUAUGUCUUAAAGCCGGAAUUCCUCCGGGAUGAACAAACCAAAUUCAAUCCAAAAUCCAUCACAGAAGGAACAUGGGGGACAAAGAAGAAGCUUCUGCUUAAAAUCAUCUCUGGUCAGCAGCUGCCCAAGGUGAACAAAAGCAAAAACUCCAUUGUUGAUCCGAAGGUAACGGUAGAGAUCCACGGCGUCCAACAGGAUAACAACAAAAAGCAGACCAAAGUCAUUGAAAACAAUGGCUUUAACCCAAAAUGGGAUGAAGAGUUUACAUUUGACAUAGAGAUCCCUGAACUUGCCCUAGUCCGGUUUGUGGUGGAAGACUUUGACAUGUCAACCAAGAAUGACUUCAUCGGGCAGUACACCCUCCCCUUCACUAGUCUGAAGCAAGGUUACCGCCAUAUCCAUCUUCUGACCAAGAAUGGAGACCCCUACUCCUCCUCCACCCUCUUUGUGUACAUCGAUAUCCAGGACUGUGAUUAGCAGCUCAGCUCUUUCAGGGCACAGUGAACCUCGUUACAGACCGAGAAGGAAUUCAGCGUGUGAAGUCUGCCAAUGUCAGGGUCCCCUCAAACCCCCAGUGCCUUCUCUGGAGCAGCACACGGUGCUCCGUAGGACCCUGAUGUGAAAUAGCCAUUGACCUCCAAUCUGCGUGCUGGAAACAUCCUAAUGCUGCUGUUGAGAUUGAUCCUUUUGUACCAGUUCGAGCAAUCCAGCUGUGUUUUUAGUUCACUUUACUUAGUGGGAUUUUUUAAUUCUGCUUCUAGCGAGAGGAUAGGGGCACCUUUUUAGCAAAGUACAACUCUUGGGUUGGGUUCGGUCAGGCAUCUGGACAAAACACCCAACAUCUGUGCAAGAAAAAAAUCCACCCCACGGCUGAAAUCAGUGGCCAGACGCCAGGCCAUUUCUUGCAACUUCAGAUGUCAGCCCUCUUUCACCA